UAUCUGCCAUUUUAAUCCAAGACACAAUUAGUUGACCACAGUCAUAUCAAAUUACAUUAAAAGCAUCAUCUAUAAAAAUACAGGAUUUCCAUCAGUCCUUGGAGAUUUACAUAUCUUCAAAGAUGAGGUGCAUUGUCAGAAAAACAUGUCACAUCAUUUUAGAUGUCAGUCAGCACCUAAAAAGACCCUGCUGUGGAGGGGCCACCUUUGUAACCUACCACUCUGGAAUGUAUUAACCCCGGCUGGAUGUGAGAAAUGCUUGAAGGGGCUGCCUGCAUGGAAAGCAAGUGAGGACCACCAAGGUUUUCUUUCAACUAUGCUGUUUUCUUAAAAAAAAAAGGCAUUUUGUGAUCUAGUUCAUCACAUAGUAUCAGCACAUGACAUAAUAAAAUAUUUAUAUGGCAUCACAGGAAAUUUUCAGCACUGGUACCUUGGUGAAGUGCUUCUUGCAAAGCCUACACCAACUAAAACAUCACUAACUUAAUCCUGGGGCUUAUUCAGGGUUUUCUGAGUUUAAAUUAGUCUUAAAAGCAACUAAGGAUGAUAAAAGGAUGCAAAAUCUUGUCAUGCCAACAUUCCUAGACUCAUUUAAAGCUUUUAAAACUUGUUCUUGAUUUAGCUUAACUCUACAUCAAAUUGGUGUUCACACAGGAGCCUUGACCUAUUUAACCAACACAUUUUAAAAUAAUAUUUCCCAUUUCACAGCUGCCAUUCUAUGGCAAUACUACCUGAAGGUCCAUCUCCCUCAGCAGUUGUGCCUAAGGGUUUCUACCCUGAUUCCAGUAAAUUAAGGCAACCAUUGAAUUUCUAAGAGGUUUCAAUACUACUACAGAAAUAUUCCUUUUUCUAGAACAAUCUCUUCAAAAUAAAAACAAAUUGAAGCACACCUACUACCCCGAUGUUUUUAGCUGCGUAUUACACUACGGAGAAGGAGCCAAAUGUUCCCCUGUCACUCAACUCACUGCUAAAGAUGUAAGUUGCUCUUUUUCCACUGUGGUCUGUAAAAGGAGGGGGUAUCUUUUAUCAGGCCAGAUGCCACUGAGAAAAAACAGAUAAGCUCCCUUUUUGGGAGCCCCUUUUUCAGGCCUGAAAUACCAGCAGUACUCUUGAAAGAGAAAACCAGCAGAAAACAACUUAUACAUUUAAUUAGAUUACAUAAGCGGCUAGACAAUCUGAAAAAAAAAUUAAAAGGGAGCACUGAUAACUGGAGCAAAGGAUGGGAUAGCAGAGGAGGAGAUAGAAUGUGACCUCCUCUAGCACACACAAAGAAAGCAACGAGUAAUUUACUGCCUGGGGAGGGUGAGGGACAGCGAAUUGUAUCCUGUGCCCUAGUGUCUCUGUGAAGUCCGGGAUCAUUAACAGCAUUAAGCUUUUUAGGUCCCAUGAUGUCUUUUGAAGCUAUUUUGCCAGUGCCCCCUAAGAAUCAGGGUUCAUGGGAGGUCUACAUUUAUUUCAACUGUGACAGGCUGCUACAGAAAUGUUAUGUGCCAGGGGGAAAAAAAGAGGCCUACAUGUUACUGUUCUCACUGUCCUUCUGCUUUUCAUCUUGACCCUGACUGCUGGGCUUUAUCUCACUUAACUGUGGAAAAAUAUACCUGAAAAAAUGAAAAACAUGUACCUGCUUCAGUCAGUCCUUCUGCAUGCACAGAAGUGGUGUUUGUGAGCAUACCCAACUCAAUUUAUCUGAGGCAGUAAUAACAGGAAGAGUCUGUCAGCUUCUUAAUUGUUUGCCCAUUUAAAAAAAAAUAUGACUUAUUUGGAGAAAGCACAGCACUGAGUACAGUUCAACACAUGUCAGGGCCCUGACAAGGUGUCAGGAGCUCCUCAGCGGUAAGCACAGCCAGUAUUGCAGCAGUCAUUACAGAUGAUGGAGAUCAUAGCGAGACACCCUGCAGGUGAGAAGGCAGCAGCUGGAAGCAGUCAGGACAGCCCAUACACACGUUAUCAGGCAGUUAAUAGUGUGAGCGCAGCAGAUGACACGGUGGCACCCCCAACCGUGGUGUGAGACGAGCAGCAGCACUUCCUAGACAUGCUUGGGAAAGCUUGGGAGCAUUUCUCCUUGAAAACUGAGCUUGUGCCAGAGCUGAGGCGUGAGAUUCAUGCCCAGGUCAGUGAAAAGCAAACAAACAAAAAACAACAACCAAAAAAACCCAAACAGCAAGAGGAAGAAGGCUCCAGCUGCUGGGCAGAUUUAUAAAUAAAAGUAUUUUAUCCAGUUCAGGGUUGGGGGAGCAUUUUUUUCAUACUUUAUAUAGAACUAUAGAAUCAUAGAAUGUCCUGAAUUGGAAGGGACCCACAAGGAUCAUCGAGUCCAACUCCUGUCCCUGCAUAAGACAACCCCACAGUUCACACCAUGUGUCCGAGGGCGCUGUCCAGUCUCUUCUUGAGUACUGAAAGGCUUCAGGUUUGGGGCCUGUCAGUCGAUCUGCCACUCUAAAAGACAGUGAGGCUCACCACAGUGGCAGACCUUCCUAACGCCCGGCUGAGGGAGGACUGGCCUUAGACCGCAGCGUCUCCGGCCUCGUCAGCACGUCACUCUCCUGCCAACAGAACCCUUCUGGCGUCUGCGGGGAGCCGGUUUCGCUGCAGAAUCCUCCUCCACCUCACAAACGCCGCCACAACGGCCUCGGAAGUGUCGCCCCCCCGGCCACCAACCGCCUCCUGCCCGAUGGCCGCGCGGGGGCGCCACGCGGGGCGUGGUGGGCGGGGGGAGGAGGGCGCGCGUGCGCGAUGACGCGCCGGGACGUGCCCGCUAUAUGAGCUCGGGCCGGCGCUGACUCGGCCCUUUCCGCCUCGCUCCCGCCCGCUCUCGGGUCGCUGCGCAGAGACCCGCGCCGCCGCCGCGCGCCCCCCGCCGCCGCCAUGAUCAUCUACCGGGACUGCAUCAGCCAGGACGAGAUGUUCUCGGACAUCUACAAGAUCCGGGAGGUGGCGAACGGCCUGUGCCUGGAAGUGGAGGGGAAGAUGGUCACCAGGACAGAGGGUCAAAUUGAUGACUCUCUAAUUGGUGGCAAUGCCUCUGCUGAAGGUCCUGAGGGAGAUGGAACAGAAGCCACGGUCAUAACUGGUGUUGAUAUAGUAAUAAACCACCAUCUUCAGGAAACCAGCUUUACAAAAGAAUCCUACAAGAAGUACAUCAAGGACUACAUGAAAGCAAUUAAAGCCAGACUUGAGGAACACAAGCCAGAGAGAGUAAAGCCUUUCAUGACAGGGGCUGCAGAACAAAUCAAACACAUCCUUGCCAACUUCAAAAACUACCAGUUCUUUGUAGGAGAGAACAUGAAUCCAGAUGGUAUGGUGGCUCUCCUGGAUUUCCGUGAGGAUGGUGUGACCCCAUAUAUGAUUUUCUUUAAGGACGGCUUAGAAAUUGAGAAAUGUUAACAAACAGUAUGAUUUUGGAUCACCUGUCUUCAUAGCUGGCUGCUGUUUCUUCUUCAUUGGCACAACACCAGGAAUUGGCAAUGUCUAACAACUGGACUGAUGUCAUCUUGAGCUUUAUUCACUUAUUUUGACCCUGAUUUGGAGUGGAGGCAUUGUUUUAAAAAAAAAAAAUCCAACCAUCUGUCAUGUAGAUUGUCUAAAAUAAAACUCAUUUGAACCCA